GCUCGCUUAAACACAAAAUAACAUAUCAAUGUGAGUGCACAAAUAAGGGGCAACAGACUGACAUGAAGCUUUGCAGGUCAGUGCUUUGUCCCCUUUCUUUUUUGUACUUUUGCCAGAUGUAUUGGGAAUGUUCUAAAGCAAAACUCUUGGCAUUUAUUGAACUGUCCACACAGCAGCAAUGAUUAUAAUGUGUUGUAACCAUGGGUAUAAGCAUACAAAAUGUAGGUUGCAGCUAGUUAAUGUUUACAAAUGUACAACAUCUUAGUGUUUCAUUUACUCUUUUGUAGUAUAACUAGCAGCUCUAUCUGUUACUUUACAGGCUACUACUUAAAGCCCAAUAAGUGUAAUUUGAUGUCUUUUUGUUUUUGUUUUGUUUCACUUGUAGUGUCCUAGCACAGUUAUGCCAUUUUAUAAAAACGAAGGAUAUCUCAUGGAUCCUAACAGCACAGCGGGGAGUUCAUCUAAGGCCAUCCUGACUGCAUUGGACAUGUGCAAAAAAUCAUGGAAGAAGCUGUACGACAGCUUCAGGAGGAGCUAUACAACUUCCAAAAAAGCUGCAGCUAGUGGUGCAGGACUUGAUGACAUCCUUGAGGCAGAGCAGAGUGGAGAAGCCCACAAGUGGAAAUUCUACAGCGCUCUCCUUUUCCUCAGGGAUGUCGUCGCCCCAAGAAGGACAAUAUGCAACCGUCCCCAAGAACAACGUGCAGCGACCAUUCAAGACCUUGCACACAUGGAGCCGGAAGUUCAGCUUCUACAAACCCUCAGCAUUCACAAACCUGCCAUUCAGGCAAACACACUGCUCCUUGUACUACUAAGAACUUAAAGCACAC